AUGUCAGUACUCCGCCUUAGCCCGACACAGUUCCUAUGCGUGCUGCUCCUGGCAGUAGUCUGCAGUAGCGCUGAAAUAGACAGAGAUGAACAGCCCGACUUCGAGACGGAGCCUGGAGCUCCGGAGCCCAUUGAUGGACGUUCGUUUUUCUUUCUGGGCACACUCUUUCGACGCUGGCGCAAUCGUUGGAUGGCCUAUCACAGUGCAGAUCCACUGUUUGCCGGUGCAGCGUACCCCAUUAAUGGAUACUACAAUUGCCCCAUCUAUGGCUGUAAUCCGGCGGCCAUUGGGCCACAACCUGGUUACUAUUCCCGUCCAGGAGGGAGCUUUAACCCCCUGAACCAACAGCAGCAGGCUCAGGGCAACAGCAAUGUCUACAUAUAUCAGACCGAUCAGAACGCUGCCAAUUCCGGAAGUGGCAGUGGUUCACCUGCCGUUCCCCUCGGAUAUGGAUACUUUGGAGUUGGAUCGCCGCUUAGACCUCCGCCGCCUUUGCCACCUUCUUCAAUGGGAGGGGCUUCAGCCAGUGCCGGGAGCUAUGGCCUGGGACCAGGACAAGGGCCAGUACCAAUACCAAUACCAGUACCACAAUUUGGCUAA